AUGAAGAGGCACAUGACUCUGCAUUUUCCUCAUGAUGCACCAAAGUAUCGUUGUGACGUCUGCCAGAAGAGUUUCUCCAGAAAGCACUACGCCAAAAUCCACCGCCUCAAUGCGCAUGGCCUACACAACAACCUGGAUGAAAGUGGUAUGAUGUUUGACCUUGAAAGGAAGACUCCACGCUGCCGGCUGUGUCAGCGAACGUUCUACAACAGCAGCAGCCUGAGACGGCAUAUGCAGCGCCACUUGGCGAAUGACCGCCAGCGAUUUCCAUGUGGGGUCUGCUCCAAAGAGUUUACAAGAAAGGACUAUGUGCGUGAGCAUCGCAUGAAUGUUCAUGGCAUGCCAACUUAG